CCAAUGAAACAAAUCUCAAAAUUAUAUUAUCCUGAAAAUAAUUAAUAACAAAUGUAUUUUUAAAAUUCUCCAGACUCUAGCCCAUUUAGAGAGAGACGGGGGUUCACAGAAGGUGGGUGAGUGUUGGCUUGGCUGACCGUCUGCGGUUCUGUCGCGGUGCUGAGAAAUGUUCCUUUUGGAUCGGACCGUGCGCUUUCAUACCUUUCUCUCGUUUUCAAACGAAUCGUCUCUCUCUCUCUCUGUUUUUUCACUCUGCACUCUUGAUUUUUACAGUUAUGAAACUCGAAAUGCAAAAGCACUAAACUUCUGGUGGAAAUGUAAAGAACUCAUCAGUUGUACCUGGUGUGAGGAACUUGGGGUUUAAACCAGAGGCAGAUUUGAAACCUCUUAAACUGUGAGGUUGAGUAGGGACAUGGCCUAGGAUUGUUUCCCCGGAGUCGGUCGAUAGCUGAGGGAACGCGAUGUGUCCGAUGGGACAGGCAGUGUGUGCGUGCGCCCGUGCCGCGUUCACGUCUCCUUUGUUGUGCACGGUGACAUUGGCAAUUGUGUUUUAGCUCUGGCCUGAGACUGACUAAAAUUUCGUUUGGUUCCAAUAAGCGCAAGUGUGUGUGUAGGUGUGUGUGUGUUGCGAGAAAGCAAGAAGAGAGAGGGGGCAGGGGAGGGAGGGUGGAUUGAUCUGGCGCUGUUAAAAUCUUGUUCUGUUUUUUCUUGGAGUGAUUUCUGCGCUCUGCUGUGGAGCUUCAGAAGAGAAACGACUGGAGAGGAAACGAGCAGCUUUUGCGCACAGGAGACGCUCUUCUGCUCCGCUUGUUUAUUCCCAACGUUUUUGCGUGCGUAUUUGUGAAUGAAAGCGACCGAGGAAGAGGAGGAGGCGCAGGUUAAGUGGACGCUGUUUGAAGUGCACGGAUCGCCUCCUUUUAUGCUCAAAAAGAAGACGCAUUGUAUCCGUGCACAGCCCUGCUCUUCGUGCAGACUUUUGCGCUGUUCUGGGGGAGCUGCAAACUUUCCUCAUUUUAAAAAAUAAAUAAAAAGCUCAGAUUGCAUUCUUUCCUCCUUCAAACAUUUGCGAGGUGAUGUCAUCGGCCCGUGUUUUUGGCUGCUAUUGCGCUCUAGGCAGCGAUUGAGUCCGGGAAAUCAGGUGCAGAGGGCGACUGUCGCGGGUGGCUGCGAGCGCGUGUCACUCACCCCACACCCUCUCUCUGUGUCUUUCCUUCUGCUUUCACUUUGCCACAUCUUCUGAGCUGGACCGCUCCGUAUCUCCGCGUUUCCUGCGCCGUGGACGUUUUAAACCCGCUGUAGGGUGCAGCAGCCAUGAACCCGGAGUCCAGUUCGCCGCCUCCGCGUCUUCAUCACACCACUCCCGUCCAGGUGUUCUGCCUCCUACGGUGCGUUAUUUCGCCCGUAACGGGCCAACACUGAAACACCCGUCUUUCCCUUCCACCUUACCUCUCAUGCGUGCGCAUUCCAAAGAAUUCUUCCGUUUUAAACCCUAUCAAUAAGCUUUCUGUGGAUGGACAUUUUUUAGACUGGAAAGUUACAUUUGAACAGCAACACGCUUAUUGGAAACACUAGGCACUAAUUUCAUUUCGUUGUCUGUUGGGUUUCAGAAAGUUUUCAUGAGCGGUCACGGAAACGACGCAUAGGUGUGUGUCGUGUUUGAACUUCAAUUCACCUGUUCCCCAGACUCAAAGGAUACAGCUGCGUCCCGCCUACUGCGCGUUACCGACCCCCUGACCCCAAGCCGCCCGUUACCGGGAUAGAGAUGCAGUCAACCGGUGCAAACGGGAACUUCCGCGGACCGUGCAUACAUACGGAUUAAACAAACAGGACAGACGUUAAACUGCGACCCGGAGAGCCGUUUCUCGAGAGCGCACGGAGCCACUCGGACACGGAGGAAGCGAUGUGGGCCUUUCUCUCCACGCUGGCUGUCGUAUAUAUCCAGAUGAUGCUGGUCAUGUGUGAUCCUCUACAGGUGUUUGGCGUGGAUGGGGUAAAUUUCAGCGUGCACGUGGAGAAUCAGACCCGUGCACGAGACGCCAUGAGUCGACGACAUCACCGAGUAUACCAGCUUUACAGCCGCACCAGUGGGAAACACGUCCAGGUGCUGGGACGCAAGAUCAGCGCUCGUGGAGAAGACGGAGACAAAUAUGCCCAGCUCGUAGUGGAGGCCGACACCUUCGGUAGCCAGGUGCGAAUUCGAGGAAAGGAAACCAACUUUUACCUGUGUAUGAACCGCAGAGGGAAGCUCGUAGGCAAGGCCAGUAAUCGCAGUGAGGACUGCGUCUUCGUGGAGAUGGUUUUGGAAAACAACUACACGGCCCUCAUGUCAGCGCGCUACACAGGGUGGUACGUGGGCUUUACUAAAAAGGGUCGCCCUCGCCGCGGCCCUCACACGCUUCCCAAUCAACAGGACGUUCACUUCAUGAAACGCUUCCCUCCAGGAGAGCAGCCGGUCUUUCCGCCGUUUCGAUUCACGACGGUCAGCAAGAGGAUCAAAAGAGUUCGCGCGGCACGGCCACGCUAAUGCAGAAACUACAACGUCAUGCCGUGUGAACGCUUACAUGAGGACAUAAACAAAGAGACCAUCCUACAUCACAGUUCAGCUAAAAGACGCUGCCUAACCUAAGCAGAAGUUGAUGUGGUCCAACAUCACUUCAUAUUCCACUGGGUUAAACCUCGUACAACCCUACCAAUAAACACUAGCUAUUCUACGCCAGAGCUGCGGUUUACAGCGGCUCACAUAUGACACGGAGAAAACUAACCAAAGCAAACUCAACGAUAUGGGCAGAGGAAGCAUUAGACUGCUAAUCCAGCUAGCGGCCCACAAUCCCACAAUGGAGAAACGAUCCUCCCAAUGCUAAAUGAAACACAACCACACUGGCCUAUAGACGACGAUCGUGUUGCAAUUUUCCUAAGACUUCCAAACCCUGGACGUGAUCCCGCCUGAGGGAGAAGAGCUGAUAGGCCAGAAGUUGUGGAUGUGGUAAAUGGACACAGAUUGGAAUGAGACAAAUGAGAGAAAGACUACUGCUGGAAGCUCUCCUGAUAAGACGCCUUACAGGAAAUGUUCACUCGAAAAUGAAAAUUUAGUCAUCCUUCACUCACCCUCAAGAAUCUUUUUACGAGAUCAGUUCACAGUAACUGCAGAUGAAUACUUCACAGCAGACUAAAGAACAGACCCAAAAUUUAAAGGAUUCCUUCCCUCUAUGACAUUUCUUUAUAUGCAAGAAGCUAUUAAGAAAGAUUACAGUAAAUAAGUUCCUUACACUCUUAAAAAUAAAGGUGCUUCACGAUGCCAUAGAAGAACCAUUUGAGUAAUUCCAGACAUUUGCAGUCAAAACUUGAAAUAUAUAUUCUCACAGAAUGCAUUUAUUACCAAUAUAUUGAACCCUGUGUUAAAAUGUUCCUACUGAUGAGUCCAGACAUCAGAAACUAUCGGUUUAUACGCAUGUUUUCUGUUUUAGUAAAAAGAAACAUGCAUGCAUUAUGGAUGUGACAAAAUAAGAACACGUUUUUGGGAAACAGUAUACUUUAUACUUUAUAUUAAAAUGCACAAACCAGAAGCAAUAAUACCCAAUAAAUGAGAAGGGACGACUCUUCAAAGAACAUUAAAUAUUUAUUUUAAUUUAAUUUUUGUAUGUGCAUGAGAAAAAAAACAAUGUUAUGGACAUUUCUCCAUUAUGGACAUGACAAUUUUGAAAUGUGCACAUACUUAACUAUGGAAAAUAAUAAAAAACAUGCACUCUAAAAAUAGCGGAGUUAUUUUUUAAAGCCAAAACUAAUCUAGUGCUGUGUUGAUUUAACCGAAGUGCUGGGUUAUUAUAACCCAUGGUUGCAUAACAAGUUAACAACAACCCAACAUUGUAUAAUUUUUAACCCAGCAUGUGUUCUGCCCAAUAUUUACCCAUUAUGAGUUAAAAAUAACCCAGCCAUUUUUAGAGUAUGCUUUAAAAACUUUAAAGUUGGUGUGUGUCAAUUUUAGUGGCAUCUAAUGGUGAGAUUGCGAAUUGCAACCAACAAUUUCAAAACGCACAUUGUAGCCGCCACAGGAAAAACAUGUUGUCGUCUGCAGUGUUGGGGAAAGUUACUUUUACAAGUAAUGCAUUACAAUAUUAAGCAACUCCCCAAAAAAGUAACUAAUUGCGUUACUUAGUUACUUUUCAUGGAAAGUAAUGCUUACGUUACUUUUAAGUUUCUUUUGCGUUACUUUUUCUUACUUGGCUGAGGCUUGAUCUCUUUUUUUAUGAUCUCAAAAAUGUCAAUCAAACCACUGGUAAUAUAGUUAUGUAUUUAUAUUGCAUUUCUGAUCCUUCUAAAAGUUACACAACGCACCAAUACUUUAAAUGGGGUAUUGAACAGUGGCAGCCGGUGACUUCUUUUUUUGAGGCGGCAUGAUGUGAAGUUCGUCACAACAUGUAUGUAGCCAGUCAUGUGUGUGGUUCGUAAUUUCAAAAUAUGAUAAAAGAGACUCCAGUUUGCCAGAUACUCGCAUAAUCUCAUGCGUAAUCAGAGUUUACUGUUAAGGGAGUGUCUUGCGUGUAUUUUGUGAACGUGAGCGUCUCUUUUAUCAUAAACGGUUUUGACGCGUGUGCACCAGGCACUUAUUUUGACAAAACACAUGAUGAACAUGGUUCACAUGAUGCAACAAACACAUAUUUUGAAAACACGAGCAACACACGACACUUCAAACACAUAUUUUGAAUUUGCACCCCUCGGAAAAGCAGUCACGAGCCGCCACUGGUAUUUAAACUACCAAAUAUUGACAUCUAAGAUGUACGGUUAAAAACUUGAGGUAUAAACUUUAUUUAAAGGUAUGAAAGAAAUGGUUCUUUUAUGGCAUCACUGUGAAGAACCUUUAAAGCACCUUUAUUGUUAAAGGUGUAUACAGCUCUAUCAUACAGCUAUAUCAUAUCUCUUCACAAUACAGUGUUGGAGAUCUAAAGACCUCUUUAAGGGCUUUUAAACAGUUUGGUCUCUUUAAAAGAGAUUUGCAAUGACCUGAAAGAGUAACUAGUGACAGUAUUUUCAUGUUUGAGUGAACUGUUUCUAAUUAAGCUAAUGAGUGAAUGGAUUUAAUGCUGUGUAUGUGCGUGUGCAAUUGCAAAAGCUUGUGUUUGGUUACAUCAAGACCACGGGGGAAAUAACCGUAGGAUGGACGUUACUGGGAUGGCUGGAAUUAACUAGAACUGGAAUGUCAAAGACAAUUAGAAAACCUCUCGAAAGCUGCACCAAAUACUAUUGACCAAAGACACGUGGUGACCAAUGACAGUAAAACCCUUCCCACUGGUCCAAUUGGGGGGGAGGAUUUGCCACGAAACGACACGAGGAGCAACGUUCCUGUUUGGAUCCAUGUGGAAUGCUGCUACUAAAAAACGAAUGGAGAACCAAAGUCUUAUACCAGCUCAUUAAAGGGAUAACAUUACGAAACUCUUUUUAAAAAAAUAAAUAAAUAUAUAUAAAUAUAUAUAUAUAUAUAUAUAUAUAUAUAUAUAAAGAUAAAGUCAUAUUACUAUGACUGCUACUAUCAUUGUUGUUACUCUAAAAUAAAUUUACUAUUUAUUUUCUCUUUGUUUAUGGCAAAAAGCUUUCCAAAGCCAGUAAACAUAAAUGAAAUGUGUCUGUGUUUUAAAAAAAUACAUGCUGUGUGAGUCAUUAUUAUUAUAAAACACAAUCUGUGUUGAGCUAUACGACCACUAACUAUUUGCAAUUGCCCAGAGCCCUGGAUGUUAACAUGGUUAUGAAUCACGUAUGCUAACUUUUGCAUUAUGUUAACAUUAUAGAAGGACAGGUGUACUGUAAAUCAUGUGAUGUCACAGACUUACAAUAAAGGUAGCAACACCCACGCAACCACAGGAGAAAUCAU